AUGAUGUUCAUUUUGCUAUGCGGAAGCGAAAGUUAUGGAAAUAGACGCACAAAAGAUGGACGAAAUGAAGAGAAAACAUAUGGACAGUUUAAAGUAAUUAACUCAGGCAAGCCAAAUACGAUGUUUAAAACCAUUGAGAAGAGAGGAGCAGCAUCAUUCGCCGAAGACGCCGAAGCCAAAGCGGACGAAAAUCCUGUUACUGGAACUGAAGUCACUGGAACGGAAAAAGAUGCACUCACCGGACAGGGAGGAAAUGUAACCGAAGGAACAAUGGAGACAGUAAAACAGACGACCGGACAGAAGACAGAAGGACAGACAGUAGCGGACAUUGGGACAGUACCAAGCACAAUAGCGAUUGCGAAGGAGGCAGUGGCAGAAGCUGGAGUCGUCGCAACGGAAGCAGACAUACCGACGACUAAAGAAAGUGACGGUGCACAAAGUACUGGAGGUAUGCUUCCAAUCAGUUAG